AUGGCCGCCAAGGAAUCGAUGCCGUCUCACAAGUCGCACAGAGCUCCCAAAUCAGGUCCUACCCUGAAGAAGAAAGCCGAAAACGACAAAAAGAAGCGUGGCGUCGUCUCAGAUAACAAGCAACCAAACCCUAGAGCGUUUACUGUCAGGUCAUCUGUUAAUGCGAAGACUUCGAAGCUUCACGCUGUAGAGAAGGAACAGAAACGAAUUCAUCUUCCUACUAUUGAUCGUAAUUACAACGAUCCUCCUCCUUUUGUCGUCGUUGUUCAAGGACCACCAGGGGUCGGAAAGUCUCUUGUAAUUAAGUCCCUUGUGAAGCACUUCACACACCAGAAUGUGCCUGAGGUUCGAGGUCCUAUUACCAUUGUACAAGGUAAGAAGCAAAGGAUACAAUUUGUGGAGUGCCCUAAUGAUAUAAAUGGGAUGGUUGAUUGUGCCAAGGUUGCUGAUCUAGCUUUACUUCUCAUAGACGGGAGUUAUGGUUUUGAGAUGGUGAGUGAAACCACACCAUUAGACUAUUAUUUUUUCUUUAUUUUACUAUGCUUUAAUCUGUUUGAUCCGCAGGAAACUUUUGAGUUCCUCAAUAUUAUGCAAGUACAUGGGUUUCCUCAAGUUAUGGGAGUCCUCACUCACCUCGAUAAAUUCAAUGAUGUAAAGAAGCUGAGGAAAACAAAGAAACGUCUCAAGCAACGUUUCUGGACCGAAAUAUAUUAUGGAGCUAAAUUGUAUUACCUAUCUGGUCUCAUUCAUGGGAAGUAUUCGAAACUUGAAAUUCGCAACCUCUCCCGCUUUAUAUCUCUAACCAAGUUUCAUCCAUUGAAAUGGAGAACGUCACAUCCUUAUGUGUUGGCUGAUCGUCUAGAAGAUGUUACCCCUCCAGAGAAAGUUCAGAUGGAUAAGAAAUGCGAUAGGAAUAUUACAUUGUAUGGUUACCUACGUGGUUGUAACUUGAAAAAAAGGAUGAAGGUUCAUAUUGCUGGAGUUGGUGACUAUAGUUUAGCUGGGGUGACUGUGUUACCUGAUCCUUGUCCUUUACCUUCAGCUGCCAAGAAGAAGGGGCUGCGUGACAGAGAAAAGCUUCUCCAUGCUCCUAUGUCUGGGAUUGGAGAUCUUUUGUAUGACAAAGAUGCUGUUUACAUUAACAUAAAUGAUCAUCUUGUUCAGUACUCUAAAACCAAUGAUGAAAAUGGAGAACCUACUAAUAAUGGAAAGGGUAGAGAUGUUGGUGAAGAUUUGGUAAAGUCGUUACAGAACACUAAAUAUUCUGUUGAUGAGAAGUUAGGGAAGACGUUUAUCAAUUUAUUUGGCAAAAAGACUAGUGUCAGCUCAGAAAGAAAACUUGAGGAGGAGUCUCAGUCUGGUGAUGAAGCUGAAGAUGAUGAGAUGGAUGUAGAGAGCAGUGAGAGUAAAAUGAAGCAGAAAACUGAGAUCUAUGAUGGACGGUUGAGGAGGAAAGCUAUCUUCGAAGAUGAAGUUGGUGAGAGUGAUGCAAUGGUAGAGGAAGCAGAAGAUGUUGAAUCUGAUGGAGAUGAAGCUGAAGAUGAAGAAGAGGACUCUGCUUCUGACUUAGAUGAAGUUGAUGUUGAGGAAGUAGAAGAUAGGGUUCUUGGUAACAUAUCAAAAUGGAAAGAACCGUUAAAGGAGAAGGGCAGAAAAAGAAACACCAACUUGAUGCAAAUUGUUUAUGGUGCAUCAAGAUCAUCAGCUACUGCAAUUAGUGAUGAUGAAGAAAGUGAUGAUGAAGACUUCUUUAAGCCAAAAGGAGAAGGAAGCAAGAACUUAGGUAGUGGAUGUGAUGUGGGAUAUAUCAACGCAGAUGACUGUUCCAGAUUUUUAAAUUAUGGAAACCUGAAGAAUUGGAAAGAGAAAGAAGACUGUGAGGUCAUUCGUAAUCGAUUCAUCACUGGUGAUUGGUCAAAAGCUGCUCAGAGAAAUCAAAACUCAGUGGCGGGUGAUGAAGGAGAAGAUGAUGAACUUUAUGGUGAUUUUGAGGAUCUAGAGACAGGUACAAAUCAAAACGAAGAUGCUGAAGUAGUUGAGCGCAGGCUUAAAAAGCUGGCUCUCCGAGCUAAGUUUUCUGUUAUUAUACUCACUCUAUUUUGUUUGCAGUUAAAGGAGGAGAUUGAAACUAGAAAACAGAUGAACUUGUUAGAACUCAAUAGUCUUGACGAGGAAACUCGAAUUGAGAUAGAAGGUUUCAGGACUGGAACAUACUUGCGGCUGGAGAUUCACAAUGUUCCUUAUGAGAUGGUCGAGUUCUUUGAUCCGUGUCAUCCAGUUCUUGUUGGAGGUAUUGGUUAUGGCGAGGAUAAUGCUGGAUAUAUGCAGGCAAGAUUGAAGAAACAUAGGUGGCACAAGAAAGUAUUAAAGACAAGAGAUCCCAUUAUUGUGUCUAUUGGAUGGAGACGCUAUCAGACUAUUCCUGUAUACGCCAUUGAAGAUCGCAAUGACAGACAUCGAAUGCUCAAGUAUACUCCGGAACACAUGCACUGCCUUGCUACGUUCUGGGGUCCUCUUGUCCCACCCAACACAGGCUUUGUCGCUUUCCAAAACCUCUCAAGCAAUCAGGCAGAGUUUAGGAUAACAGCGACAUCUGUAGUACUCGAGUAUAAUCACCAAGCCCAUAUAGCAAAGAAAAUCAAGCUUGUUGGGCAUCCAUGCAAGAUCAAGAAAAAAACUGCAUUCAUCAAAGACAUGUUCACUUCUGACCUCGAAAUAGCUCGAUUUGAAGGUUCUUCUGUCCGCACAGUUAGUGGCAUUAGAGGACAAGUUAAAAAGGCUGGAAAGAACAUGCUAGAUAACAACAAUGCACAAGAAGGGAUUGCGAGGUGUACAUUCGAAGAUCAAAUAAAAAUGAGCGACAUUGUCUUCUUAAAGGCUUGGCCAACAGUGGAAGUUCCACAGUUUUACAAUCCUCUAACUACAGCCUUGCAGCCUAGGGAGAAGACGUGGACAGGGAUGAAAACGUUUAGGGAACUUCGUAGAGAACAUAAUAUUCCUAUUCCGGUGAAUAAGGAUUCACUCUACAAGCCAAUCUUAAGGAAGAUUAAGAAGUUCAAUCCAUUGGUGAUAUCAAAGAAACUACAAGGAGAACUACCGUUUGCUUCCAAACCCAAAAAUAAACCAGGGAGAAGAAGACCAUCACUAGAUGCUAGAAGAGCUGUUGUAAUGGAACCGAGAGAACGAAAAGCUUUUGCUAUCGUCCAGCAGUUGAAGCUGAUGAAUAAAGUCAAGAUGAGUAAGAGAAAAGCAAAGGAGCAGGAGAAGAGGAAAGUGUAUGAGGCAGAGAAAGAUAAGAAGGAAGUAAUAUCUAAGAAACGGAAUAGAGAUGAGAGACGUGAGAGGUAUCGUACUGAAGAUAAACAGAUGAAGAAGAAGAUGAGACGAAACUAA